GAAAAAAGAGGGAGGGAAAAAAAAAGGGUGUCCUGUAUUGCCGCUCUCGACUGUGGCUUAUUCCUUACUGGAGAUGGCAGUUCUGCAGAUGAUUAGGUCAUCUUCCCUGACACUCGCGCUCGCUGUGGAAGCUGAGAAGCUCAACAACAGUCUUCCCCUUCAAGCUAGCUGCUGUCAUCACUGACCCAGCUGAGAGAUUUCUCCCUUUUCAUGAAUUAUCCCCAACUUCUUGAUGAGCCAGGACUUACGCCAAUUAGAAGAUUGCUGUCUCAAGUCAUGUUAGCAUGAGAAUUCUCAGAAUGCUUUCAUCAUGGAAAUGGGCACAGCGAUGGAGCCAGGCGGAUUUGGCAAUGGGGACCCCUCCUAUCACCGAGCAAGUACAUGUCAUCAAAGCUAAUCAGUAGGACUUGCUGUUCACUGUGAAGAGAGGCUUUGUUCCAGUAAUGCUGCCGAUGAUAGCUCGGAAUAAACCUAUCGAUGCAGAUGGUACAAAAAACGUAUUUGUCUCUGCAUUUUGCUUCGCCACAUCAGUCCUCACACCCUGCCCUCCUUUUGGGCCAGAGCUGAAGAUUUCAGCCCAAGAACAGAUUGAAUUCAUGUUAGGCGAAGAUUCUGACACUCUUUUAAUCACCUCAGAGGAGGAAGUUAAGUCAGCGGUGAGAAAGGGUCUCUCAGAAAUCCGUUCUUCAUUUGAGACAACCUUGUCCACGUUACUGAUUGGGAUGGGCCAGGGCCCCGUAAUCAAGGAAUCGGAGGCCAUUAUUUUGCAGAGACUAAAUGAUCUUGAGUGGAUAUGUAAUAUUCUUCCAAAGAUGGAGUUGAUGAAGGACUUCGUCUUGAUGUGGGUCGACAUCUCGGGAUAUGUGUUGGGGGUAGUAGAAGAUGAGAAGCUUGAAUCACAAAUGUGGGGUUUAAAGUUAAAGCUGAUUGAGCUGACCGGGAAAGUAUUGGACGCAGUUGGAUACGGGACUGUAAUUCUUCCGGCUCCUAGUAGGGUCAAAUUGUUGAAGCUUUGGCUUCCUUACAUAAGAAAGGUGAAGGCUUUGUUGGACUUGAAGAGUGAAGCAAUCACAGGUUUUGCUUACAAGAUGGACGAGGAUCUGUGCCAGAGCAUCGAGGGCACGAUCGUCUCUUUUGUGUUGGCUCUGCCCUCAAACGACCAGGCAGACAUUUUGGCUGACUGGAUGAAGAAUGAGGACUGUGUGAGCUUUCCUGAUUUGACCGAGGCCUUCGAGAUUUGGUGCUUCAGGGCCAAAACCGCAAAGAGGCGGUUGGUCGAGGGCUUGGAGAGGACACGAAAUGACUCGGUCACACCUUGAUUCACCACCUCAGUUCAUCGCCUCUAUGUCAAUAAUUUGGCUCGUGCGUGGAUUUUCGUCUGUUUUUACUUUGGCUUCGGCUUCUUUGGGGUCUCACAGAGAAGUUGCCCAUGGAUGCCUUCAAAGGGGCAAUGGGUACCUGAGGACAAUAUCAUCUGCUUAUCUGAGGCGUAUUUCUUAUGGCUCGGAUCGAAUUUGAUCCUAACUUAGGAAGAAAUCUGCUAUUGGAUUGGUUCAGAUGAAAGAUCAGUGCCAUUGACAGCAUAGUCUACGGUUUUUUUUUUUAAUGAAUUAACGGUCUACAUUUGAAUACUAUGGUUGGCUUUUUUUUUCCUAUCCCGGGAUGUUCAGGCUUUGUCCGUCUAAUCCCCGGGGCUCCGUGAACUCCCGGCGGCACACGGAACGGGUAAUCACAUCAAAGGCGCUCCGAUAGCCCAAGGAGAUUCGAACUUGGGAUCGGGUGCAAAUUUAGAUACAGCUUAAUUAUUAGACCAAA